CCCUCCCGUGUGUGGUUCUUGGAGAAAGUUGGAGGUGGUGGUGAUUUCAGUCGCCCUGGCCGCCGGGGAGCCGGAGCCGAGAGCAGAGGCACCGGCCGAGCUUGCGGGGCCGUCGGGCCCAGGCCCUUCUGCCACGCCUGGGGCCGGCUCUCUGCCUCCACAGCCCUGGCCCACCUUGCCCUGCACGCAUCUUCCUCCCCCUCGCUCCGCCCUCUCCAAAACCUGUCAGGGCCCUCCGUGUGGGGGGCUCUUUUUCAGUUUUUCUUUUUGGAGAAAAACUUCUGGGAGGAGGGGAUGUCACCUCAGGCCCCACUGUAGCCUGUGUACCAAGUGCUCAAAUAUGAAAACGAGUCCUUGGCAUUUUUAUUUUUAUCGAUCGACUUAUUUUUAACCGGCGGCUUUUUUUAACCUCUGUGUUCUGCUGUGUUUCUUGUGUUUAGUCUUCAAGUACUUCGACUGACCAUGACCCACUGGGCCCCCUCCCUCCUGGCUGGGCACGCUCCGUGGGGAGGCCAAGCCUGAGCAGUUACAGACGUUGGAGCUGGAAGGUUGGGAAGGCAGUUGAGUUCCCCUGCACCCCUGGAGCGUUCACCCGCCAUGGCUGAAGGAGUGUGACCCUGCGGACAGAGCCCUUGGGCGGCCAUGGGACUGCUGGGUUUUGGUCCUGACCUUGAACUGUCUACCCACCCAUCCGACCUGUCAUUGACUAAGACAUUCUGGCGCCGGCUUACUCGCUGGUGCAUUGGUUUCAGAGAAGAGACAGGACAAUGGACGGGUGUAUUACGUGAACCAUAACACACGCACUACCCAGUGGGAGGACCCUCGGACCCAGGGGAUGAUCCAGGAACCAGCUUUGCCCCCGGGGUGGGAGAUGAAGUACACCAGUGAAGGGGUACGCUAUUUUGUGGACCACAAUACACGCACCACCACCUUUAAGGAUCCUCGCCCAGGGUUUGAGUCUGGGACGAAGCAAGGUUCCCCUGGUGCCUACGACCGAAGUUUUCGGUGGAAGUAUCACCAGUUCCGUUUCCUCUGCCACUCAAAUGCCCUCCCCAGCCAUGUGAAGAUCAGUGUUUCCAGGCAGACGCUUUUCGAGGAUUCUUUCCAACAGAUCAUGAACAUGAAGCCCUAUGACCUGCGCCGCCGGCUCUACAUCAUCAUGCGGGGUGAGGAGGGCCUGGACUACGGGGGCAUCGCCAGGGAGUGGUUUUUCCUCCUGUCCCAUGAGGUGCUCAACCCCAUGUAUUGUUUAUUUGAAUAUGCCGGGAAGAACAAUUACUGCCUGCAGAUCAACCCUGCCUCCUCCAUCAACCCUGACCACCUCACCUACUUCCGCUUUAUUGGCCGAUUCAUCGCUAUGGUAAGAUGCACGGCUGUGAGAUCUCUAGAGAGGGCGGCAGCCAAGGAGGCCGGAUACACCGACAGCGACCUGCAGUGGAUGCCCUGUCUCUGAGCCCCACGCUUCUCCUCACACAGCACCUAACAAGAAAUGCAAAAAGCUGGAGAGAGUUCUGGAGAUAGUUCAGAGCUCUCUCAGUGGCACGUCCAGGGGCUUUGAGAGAGUUUUCUUGUGUUGAUUUGUGUAGGAUCAGCAAUGGCUGAUGUACCCAUAAAAAGAGCCUAAAAGCAUUGUCUUGCCCUCACCCCAGCCUACCUGCAAAAGUUAACAGUCUC